UCGGAUGAACACACACUCACCAAAUACACAUUUCUCUCAUAAAUUACAUCUUUGUUUGGGCUCUCGAUCUGCGGGCAGGAGAAGAAAACUUGUGUUCUUUCUUCUAGAUCCGAAAAUCGAGGCAAAAUGUUCAUUGAGAGCUUCAGAGUCGAAAGCCCCAACGUUAAAUAUACGGAGGGUGAGAUUCACUCGGUGUACGAUUACGAGACGACGGAGCUUGUUCACGAGAACAGAAAUGGCACCUAUCAGUGGAUCGUGAAGCCUAAAACUGUUAAAUAUGAAUUCAAAACUGAUACCAGAGUCCCCAAAUUAGGGGUGAUGCUCGUUGGAUGGGGUGGGAAUAAUGGUUCGACUCUUACUGCUGGCGUCAUUGCGAAUCGAGAAGGGAUUUCAUGGGCAACAAAAGACACGGUUCAGCAGGCAAAUUAUUUUGGGUCCCUAACCCAGGCAUCCUCGAUUAGAGUGGGAUCUUUCAAUGGCGAAGAGAUCUAUGCUCCCUUCAAGAGCUUGCUUCCCAUGGUAAAUCCAGAUGGCAUAGUGUUUGGGGGAUGGGACAUCAGCGACAUGAAUUUGGCCGACGCCAUGGGCAGGGCCAAGGUUUUCGAUAUUGAUCUCCAAAAGCAGCUGAGGCCAUACAUGGAACACAUUGUCCCACUACCUGGGAUCUACGAUCCUGAUUUCAUUGCUGCCAACCAGGGCUCACGAGCCAACAACCUGAUUAAAGGAACCAAGAAGGAACAGGUCCAACAAAUCAUCAAGGACAUGAGGGAGUUUAAGGAGAAAAAUAAAGUGGACAGAAUAGUCGUCUUGUGGACAGCCAACACAGAGAGGUAUAGCAAUGUUGUUGUUGGUCUAAAUGACACCAUGGAAAACCUCAUGGCGUCACUGGAGAAGAACGAGGCUGAGAUCUCUCCUUCCACCCUCUAUGCUAUAGCUUGCGUGCUCGAGAAUAUCCCUUUCAUCAAUGGCAGCCCACAGAACACUUUCGUUCCAGGGCUUAUUGAAUUGGCCAUCCAGAGGAACAGUUUGAUUGGUGGUGAUGAUUUCAAGAGUGGCCAAACGAAGAUGAAAUCUGUUCUUGUCGAUUUCCUUGUUGGAGCCGGUAUUAAGCCAACAUCAAUCGUGAGCUAUAACCAUUUAGGAAACAAUGAUGGAAUGAAUCUUUCUGCCCCGCAAACUUUCCGGUCGAAGGAGAUCUCGAAAAGCAAUGUGGUGGACGACAUGGUUGCCAGCAAUGGCAUCCUGUAUGAACCAGGGGAACACCCUGAUCAUGUUGUUGUCAUAAAGUAUGUACCAUAUGUGGGAGACAGCAAGCGGGCUAUGGAUGAGUACACUUCAGAGAUAUUCAUGGGAGGGAAGAACACCAUAGUGCUUCACAACACUUGCGAAGAUUCUCUUUUGGCAGCUCCAAUCAUCCUGGAUCUGGUCCUCCUUGCUGAACUCAGCACAAGAAUUCAGCUCAAGGGUGAAGAAGAGGGAAAAUUCCACUCCUUCCAUCCAGUGGCUACUAUACUGAGCUACCUCACCAAAGCCCCUCUUGUGCCUCCAGGGACGCCAGUGGUGAAUGCACUGUCGAAGCAGAGAGCUAUGCUGGAGAACAUCAUGAGGGCGUGUGUUGGUUUGGCCCCAGAGAACAACAUGAUUUUGGAAUACAAGUGAGUGAGUAGUGAAGAAUGAGAGAGACAAUUAACUAUUAGGUCUCGUCCUGUUAUUGUGUGAGAAUGAAUUAUGAAUGAACAUAUAUAAUAAAAGUAGAUUCAAAUAGAAGUAAGAAAGAAUGGGUUGCCAUUUGCCAUGGGCUGCUUCAGUUAAAUCUUGUGAUGCUUUUGCUGUUUUCUCUGAAUUCAAUUUAAUGAGAGUAGCACAUAUUAUUAUUAUUAUUA